GUCUUCAUUAGCGGCCAGAGCGGGUGGGCGGACUGACAGGUGACUCUGACGAGCGACGCAGAUGGGAGAGGUUGCCUAGAAACGGCCAGGAAAUGGCGUGGUGCAACGACAGCUCCCCGGAGGCCUGUUUUCGGACGGAGCUGAACGCCACCGACGCCCCGCCGCCCGGCGACCGCGCCCUGAUGCCGGUCACGCUCAGGGUGGCGCUGGCCGCCGUCAUGAUCUUCAUGAUCGCCAUCGGUUUCCUGGGCAACGCCAUCGUCUGCCUGAUCGUGUACCAGAAGCCGGCCAUGCGCUCGGCCAUCAACCUGCUGCUGGCCACCCUGGCCUUCUCCGACAUCAUGCUGUCGCUGCUCUGCAUGCCCUUCACCGCCGUCACCGUGGUGACCGUCCACUGGCAGUUCGGCGGGGACUUCUGCCGCGCCUCCGUCAUGCUCUACUGGUUCUUCGUCCUGGAGGGCGUGUCCAUCCUGCUGAUCAUCAGCGUGGACCGCUUCCUGAUCAUCGUGCAGCGGCAGGACAAGCUGACGCCGCACCGCGCCAAGGUGAUGAUCGCCGCCUCCUGGGCGCUGUCCUUCAGCGUGGCGCUGCCCUCGGUGGCGGGCUGGACGGCCGUGGAGGUGCCCGCGCGGGCGCCCCAGUGCGUGCUGGGCUACAGCGAGUCCCUGGCGGACCGCGGCUACGCCGUGCUGCUGGCGGUGGCGGUGUUCUUCGUGCCGUUCGGCGUCAUGCUGUACUCCUACCUCUGCAUCCUCAACACGGUGCGGCGGAACGCGCUGCGCAUCCACAACCACGCCGACACCCUCUGCCUCAACCAGGUCAGCAAGCUGGGCCUGACCGGCCUGCAGCGCCCCCCGCAGGUCAACGUGGACAUGAGCUUCAAGACGCGGGCCUUCACCACCAUCCUCAUCCUCUUCAUCGGCUUCUCGGUGUGCUGGCUGCCGCACACGGUGGUCAGCCUGCUGGCCGUCUUCAGCCGCCGGUUCUACUUCAGCGCGUCCUUCUACCCCGUCAGCGUCGGGGUGCUGUGGCUCAGCUACCUGAAGACCGUCUUCAACCCCAUCAUCUACUGCUGGAGGAUCCGCAAGUUCCGCGAGGCCUGCCUGGAGUUCAUGCCCAAGACCUGCCGGAUCUUCCCCAGGGUGCCCGGCCGCAGCCGGCGAAGGAUCCGGCCCAGCAACAUCUACGUGUGCAGCGAGAUCCAGUCAGCCGUGUGAGGCUGAGCCGCCCGUGCGAGCAAGACCGCUCGCUUGGUCACCUCACACACCUGGCAAACAAUCCCCCCCCCCCCCAUCUGUUAUACACCUGCACCCUCCCAUUUUAAUGUCACACACCUUCUCUUUCAUCCUUCAUACACCUGAACAUUCACCAGCCUCUUCUCACACACCUCCCUCCCCUCACACACCUGCCUCCCUCACACACCUGUCUCCCCCACACACCUGACUCUUCUCUCUCAUCUCCCUCUCCUCACACACCUGCCUCCCUCACACACCUGUCUCCCCUCACACACCUGACUCUUCUCUCUCAUCUCCCUCCCCUCACACACCUGCCUCCCUCACACACCUGACUCUUCUCUCUCAUCUCCCUCUCCUCACACACCUGCCUCCCUCACACACCUGUCUCCCCUCACACACCUGACUCUUCUCUCUCAUCUCCCUCUCCUCACACACCUG